AUGAAAAACUCUACAAAAACAACCAUUUUUCUAGCGAUUCUUCUCUUUGUAACAUUAGUUUCUGGUCAAAAGGUUCCUUUUCCUUCAAGUUUUGUUGAAACUAGAGGUACCCAAUUUGUCCUCAAUGGCUCCCCAUUCCUCUUCAAUGGAUUCAACUCCUACUGGUUAAUGAACGUUGCAUCGCGGCCAAAUGAAAGGUAUAAAAUCACCAAUGUGUUUCGUGACGCUGCUGCUGCUGGCCUCACUGUCUGUAGAACUUGGGCUUUCAGUGAUGGAGGUGAUCGAGCUCUCCAGAUUUCUCCUGGGGUUUACAAUGAGUUUUUCUUUCAGGGACUUGAUUUUGUGAUUUCUGAGGCAAGAAACUAUAGAAUCCAGUUAAUAUUGAGUCUAAGCAACAAUUACCAUGACUUUGGAGGAAGACCACAGUAUGUGAAUUGGGGUAGAGCUGCCGGUGCAUCCAUUAAAAGCGAUGAUGAUUUUUACACUAACGAAGUUGUGAAGAGAUAUUUCAAGAACCAUGUCACGAAAGUGCUUACAAGGAUCAACACGAUGACUGGAAUCGCUUAUAAAGAUGACCCAACGAUCAUGGCAUGGGAACUGAUAAAUGAGCCACGCUGCCAAGUUGAUUACUCUGGAAAGACCUUAAAUGGAUGGGUUCAAGAGAUGGCAUCUCAUGUUAAAUCUAUUGACAACAGACACUUGCUGGAGAUUGGGUUGGAAGGUUUCUAUGGCGACUCAAUUGAAGACAGAAAGCAAUUUAAUCCUGGUUUCCAACUUGGCUCAGAUUUUAUUACCAACAAUCAGAUUAAGGAAAUUGAUUUCACAACAAUACAUGCAUAUCCUGAUCAAUGGUUACCAGGACAGAGCGAUAAUGUCCAUAUAGAAUUCAUGCAAAGGUGGAUGACGAGUCACUGGACAGAUUCGAGAACAAUUUUAAAGAAGCCAUUAGUUUUCGCAGAGUUUGGAAAAUCAAGUAAAGAUUCUGGAUUCAGUAUAAGUGUUAGAGAUUCAUUCUUGAAUACAAUUUACACCAACAUCUACGAUUUUGCAAAAAAUGGUGGCACAAUUGACGGUAGCAUGGUUUGGCAAGUGAUGGCUGAACAAAUGGAAUCAUAUUAUGAUGGAUAUGAGGUUGUUCUAUCACAAAAUCCAUCAACAACCAACGUUAUUACUCAACACUCAAACAAUAUCACUGCCCUAGCUCACUCAUUGAACAGGAAAUUUGAUAAUUUGAAGCGCAAACCAAACAAUGUGUAA